AUGGGCAAUGACUGUGUGAGGUGCACACAAUUGACUGCUCUGGGCACUUGUUUAAAAAUCUGUGAUGGUGAUAUAGGGACAGACUCCCGUGUGGGUGUUGGUUUUCGUCUGGGUGAGCAUGCAGACUUCCAGGUUCUUCUGGAAUUGGGUCCACAGUUAAACACUCAGCCACUUGGUCCUGCUGGAGAUACCAAAACACGGCGACAAGUUCAGCGACCUGGCCUGGUUGUCCUACCAGCAACAGGCUCAGAAACAGUUGCUGACACACCAGGAGGAAAAUGGCUGUCUUCGUGGCGAUCAGCACUUGUUAACUCGCAGACCAUGGAAGCCAACAGGUAUAUAGGAGUUGGACAACACCAGGUUAUUCAGAACCCAAUGAAGGGCAAGGACCAUGUUACAUCACAGCUGCAACAGCUUUAUAAAAAUGGCAGCAAAGCAACUGAAAAGUCAAAUAGUGAAGGUCAAACAUCAGAUGGUGGUCCAGCAGGAAGAGGAAAUUUUACUUCAGUAGAAACAUGAAUCACAGUGCCAUUGUCAUUGCAGAAAAGACAGCCAGUCAAUAGAAUCAAAGACAGCUAUGAUAUAUAUUUUGUGUAAUAACUAUGGGCAAUGACUGUGUGAGGGUAACUGAAAGAGGUUCAACAGGAAUGGUCCAGAUUAUCUCAAGGUUUGUAACAAUGUUUUCUUUGUUACAUUAUCAUUAUUUUAGACAUUAUCCAUUGAGGUAUACUUGCUAUAGGUAAUGCUUUUGGAGUUGGCUUUACUCUCGUCUUCAGGUGAUUAGUUGUCACUAUGCUAACAUAUUUUUCUGCUUGAUAUUAAAGGCUAAGAUCAAGAUCAAAAUAAAAACUUCUUAAUAUUAAACUUGUAUGCUGUUCCUUAGUGGCCCAGUGGUUAGCAUGUAAAUUUAAUAUUUGAAAGGUUUGUCUCUUUUAAAAAAAUAAAAAUAGUAAAAACAUAAUUCAAGCAAUGGACAAUAAAGGUUCAGUUUCUAACACA